AUGCUGCGCUCUAUUGUCUCCACACUUCCUCGUACUGCCGCCCGUGUCGCUCUUCGAAAUGCACCUACAGCUACCAGACCAUUGGUUCCUGCCUACAGCUCUUCACUCGCUAAAGCCAUGCCUGCUUUCGGAUCCGCUAUGCGCGCUUACACUUCUUCAGUCGCCCCCGAGAUCAAGCGUGCUUCUGUUCAAUGCCCUGCUCCUCAUUUCACUUCCACUGCUGUUGUUGACGGCGAGUUCAAGGAAAUCUCCCUCACUGAUUACAAGGGACAAUACGUCGUCUUCUUCUGGUAUCCCAUGGAUUUCACUUUCGUUUGCCCGACUGAAAUCAUUGCCUUCUCUGAUCGCAUUGAGGAAUUUAAGCAGUUGAAUACAGCUGUCAUUGCUGCUUCAACUGACAGCGAAUUUUCUCACCUUGCAUGGGUCAACACUCCUCGCAAGCAAGGUGGACUUGGUGAAAUGAAGAUUCCUAUCCUUGCCGACAAGACCAAGAAGAUUGCUCGCGAAUAUGGCGUCCUUUUGGAGGAUGCUGGUGUAGCCCUCCGUGGUUUGUUCAUCAUUGAUCCCAAGGGAGUUGUCAGACAAAUCACUAUCAAUGACCUGCCCGUUGGCCGAUCUGUCGAUGAGACUCUCCGUUUGGUUGAGGCUUUCCAAUUUACCGACAAGCAUGGUGAGGUUUGCCCUGCUGGAUGGCAAAAGGGAGGAAAGACCAUCAAGCCUGAUGUUGCCAAGUCCAAGGAAUACUUCUCCAGCGCUUAA